CCCAGGAGAAAAGAGGUGGAGGUGAAGACGUACAGCCUGCGAGAAAGGAAGGGCCUCAUAUACCAGGAGAUCGGGGAGCCCCAGGAUGACGACUACCUUUAUUGUGAGAUGUGUCAAAACUUCUUCAUUGAUACUUGUGCAGCUCACGGUGCCCCAACGUUUGUAAAGGACAGUCCCAUGGACAAGGGGCACCCCAAUCGCUCAAUCCUCACUCUGCCCCCUGGGCUGAGAAUUGGGUCAUCCGACAUCCCUGAGGCUGGGCUGGGAGUCUGGACCGAGGGGUCUGAGCUGCCCCGAGGUCUGCACUUUGGUCCCUAUGAAGGCACAGUGACAGAAGACGAAGAGGCAGCCAACAAUGGCUACUCCUGGCUGAUCACCAAGGGGAGGAACCACUAUGAGUAUGUGGAUGGAAAGGAUGAAGCUCAGGCCAACUGGAUGAGGUAUGUGAACUGUGCCCGGGAUGAAGAGGAGCAGAACCUGGUGGCCUUUCAGUACCACAGGCAGAUCUACUACCGCACCUGUCGCACCGUCCGCCCGGGCUGUGAGCUGCUGGUUUGGUAUGGAGACGAGUACGGCCAGGAACUAGGCAUCAAGUGGGGCAGCAACUGGAAAAAGGAGCUCACUCCAGGGACAGGUGGGAGCCAGAAACCGUUCUUGCAAAUAUUUGUGGAGAAGCAAAGCCAGAGAUUCAUCCAUGUCCCUCCUGCCCUAUGGCCUUCUCCAGUCAGAAAUUCCUCAGUCAACACAUGA